UGCCAGCCAGCAUCCAUUCAAUUGGCAGUGGAUUCGUAGACGUAGCUGUGGUCGGUUAUAAUACACUCAAAGGUGUUCAUUUCAUUCUCAUUCUAAUAAUCUUCUUCCAAGCCAAAUGAUUCAUCCAUGGAAACUUUUGGCAAUUAUCUUGCUACUUGCCAAACAGCUGACAGCAAGUCCUUUAGAAGCGAAGCCCGUGGUAUCAACUGAGUUUAUAAUACUCCACAAUAAUGAUAUGCACUCGAGGUUCGAGCAGACGAACGUCAACAGUGAAAGCUGUCCUCCGGAGGAUGUCAAAAACAAUAAAUGCUACGGUGGCUUUGCACGUGUAGCCCAUGAAGUUCGCAAACAUCGUGCAGAGGCCAAGAAUGGAGGAACUCCAGUAUUUUAUUUGAAUGCCGGUGAUACGUAUGCUGGAACCGCAUGGUUCACAAUCUUCAAACAUAAAAUCGCCAGUGAUUUUCUCAACAAAUUGAAACCAGAUGCCAUGUCUUUGGGAAAUCACGAGUUUGAUGAGAAGUUAGAGGGCCUCAUACCAUUUUUAAAUGACGUCAGUUUCCCAGUGUUGGCCAGCAAUCUGAACUUUACAGGGGAACCAGCAUUGGCUGCAGCUAAGCAUUUAGCCAAUUCAACUAUACUCGAUGCAAAUGGCACAAAAGUUGCUGUGAUUGGAUACCUCACGCCAGAGACGAGUUUGCUGUCAAUAAAAACCAAUGUUGAGUUUUAUGAAGAGAUCGAUUCUAUCAACGCAGAGGCAGCUAAGCUUACGGCUCAAGGGUAUACAAUUAUUAUUGCCUUGGGACACUCAGGCUAUAGAAAGGAUCAGGAAAUAGCUAGGAACUGUCCCGAAGUCGAUAUCGUUAUUGGCGGACAUACGAACACUUUCUUGUUCAAUGGACCACAGCCAAGUGUCGAAAGUAUAGACGGUCCCUAUCCGACUAUGAUAACACAGAAGAGUGGGAAACAAGUUCCUGUCCUUCAGGCCUACGCCUACACGAAGUACUUGGGCAAAUUACAUGUGAAGUUCGAUAAAGAUGGAAAUCUAAUCGAAUUUGAUGGCUCGCCGAUACUACUCGAUGCUAGCGUGCCGCAAGAGAAGGACGUGCUGGAUCUGCUCAGCGUGUACAGAGAGAAUAUUACAGCAUUAGAAAAUUCUGUGGUAGGGCAUUCCAAGGUGUAUUUGGAGGGCCGUAAGGCCUAUUGUCGUUCCGUCGAGUGUAAUAUGGGAAAUCUAAUUACCGAUGCAAUGAUAUUUAGUAGAGUAUUGGAAGAUCAGGGCGGCGAUUACUGGACAGAUGCAGCUAUUGCCUUGCAUCACGCGGGCGGUAUACGCAGCUCAAUUGAACGAAAGUCGGAUGGAAUUAUAACUUUAGGCGAUCUCAUUACGGUUUUUCCGUUCGAUAAUGAUAUAUAUGUCUCACGAAUUAGUGGCAAGACUUUAAGAAACGCACUUGAGCAUUCGGUUUCGUCUAGAUUCAAUGAAUCGAAUGGAGCGUUUCUUCAGGUAUCCGGCAUACAUGUGGCCUACAAUAAAGCUAUGCCAGAUGGUAGCCGUGUUGUAUCUGUGCAAGUGCGAUGCGCUGACUGCAUAGUGCCUUCGUACAGUGAUCUGAAUAAUAACGCCUACUACAAUGUGAUCGUGCCACAGUUUAUUCUUGAUGGCGGGUUGGAUUUCGCUUUGGUAGAGGAAUCUAACCCUGUGAAAAUACUUAUGCAAAAGUCUAUCGUUGCAGCUGUUCGCCAAUACUUUAAGUACCGUGACUUCGUAUUUACGGGACUGGAAGGUCGCAUUGUGUUCACGGGUUCAAAUUAAUCCAAUUUAUAUACAAUAAUAUUAAGCAGAAAUAAAACUCGAUCACAGCCAGA